AACAUAUCAUCUUACUGCAACUUUUUGUAUCUAUGUAAGCGAUACGAAAGCUUAUUACGGAACAAAAUGUGAAUUAAAUGACAUACAAACCGCAUCUAUCUCUAUUGUUAGAUAACAUUUUACCUGUAUCUUGAAUUGUCAAUAUCUUGUUUACCUGUAGCGUGUUCACCGACACGUUUGGAAUACUUCCUUUUAAGGUGUCGGACUGUUAAACAUCACCGAUAGCAUGGGCGAUGACGAUCCUGCAAAAUGGGAAAGAAUACGAACAAUUCGACGAUUUUGUGAGAAGUUUCAUGGUCGCUUUACGUUCGAUGAGGCGGAAGCUAUAGUUGACAACUUUGAGCUUGAUGUUGAUGCAGCGGUACAAUUUGUACUCGAUGCCUCUGAACAAACAAUCAUUGUAACAUUAGAGAAACUGAAGAUUAAACGAUUCCGUGAAUCUUUUCCUGGUCGCUUUACUAACGGAAAGGCGAAACUUAUCAUCGCGCACUUCCACGGAGAUGUUAAUACAGGAAUUUCCAUUGUACAACAUGCAUCUCAAGAAGAAAUUCACAGCAUAUUAACAGACAGCAGAAUUCAAAAUUUCCAAGAGUCACUUCCUGGUCGCUUUCCUAAUGAUGAAGCCAAAGUCAUAAUCGAGCAUUUCCAUGGAGAUGUUGAUCAAGCUGCGUCCCAUGUUCUUAACGCACCUCAAGAAGAGAUUGAUGCCAUUUUAAAACCCAGUCGGAUUGCACGAUUCUUGAAGUUGUCUUCUGGUCGCUUCUCUAAUGACGAAGCUGAAAUACUUGUGGAUCAUUUUGCCGGUGAUGUUACUCAAGCGGUUGCCUUUAUACUUCAGGCCUCUCCAAAUGAAAUCAAGGAAAUCUUAGGCGCAGAACGGUGGUUUAUUGUUGAGCACGUACGCAAAGAUCGCGUACUGCAAAAUGUAGCUCGUAGAAACGAGAUCAGCGCAGAGUUCCGGCAGUUUAGUUGCCGAGCAUGUAACCUCAUGUGGUGGAGACAAGUUCCUACACGAAAACCAGUUGCCCGUUGUAGCAAAUGCUGGGGUUGCUAUGAACCUUUAUCACGUGACAAAGAAUGGGGAUGGGCAAAAUUUAAUUGUACAAACCCAAAUUGUGGAAAAGAGUUUCAUCAUUUUGGAGCGAUGGACGUCGGUGCACUUCUUGAUGCGAAUAAACAUCGACUAAGUGGGAAAAGCAAGAGUGUAUGUUUAGGAAUAGAUUCUGGUACCGGAGAGCAAUGCAAUACGCUAGUGGAACCAACCAAAAUUAUUAUACCAAAAGAAAAUCCCGAUUUAUCCUCCCGGCACCUGCGCAGAGAAUGGCAUUGUUCGGCGUACAACUGCUUCAGACGAAAAGUGCAUUUGCUACCUAAUGAACCCAUUAUACCGGUCUGUGUGCAUCCAGCGUCUCUUCAAAGGUCGGCUGUUAAUGUAGAGCCAUUGCUGGCACGCGUUCCGGUCAAUGUUCUGGUUCCCGCCGUCAACCACGUUAGCACGGGAUCCACGGUGAAAACGUUCCUAACGCAGAGCGAACUAGCCCCGCCCCACAGCCCUUAUGUUCCAAGUUGUUUCGGAGGUCAGUAAUAUAAAUCAAAGUGCUGUAGGCGCUGAAGGCCUGGGGCAGGAUUAAGUGUGCUUGGGAAGAAGUAUUGUCCGAAUUUCUCCCCUUGUCCGAAUUUAUACUGAUUGACCCUAGCGGUUGAGUGCAGAAGCUCAGAGACUGUAAAAAAAUACAAUAUGUGUGUAUAUACUAAAGUGUACAUAGACGGUGGAGGACUACACGAUACUGGUGGUGGGAACAAUAACCUUUUGUUAAUCUCUACAGAUCUGGUAGAAGUUCGUCUACAUAGGCGAUGAAAAUAUACAACAACAACAACAUGGCCGCAAAAAACUGUUAUUGUUGGCGUGAAAUAAAUCGUUUUCAGUAGCCUAAAAUAGUGUUUUAUUACAUAAUUAACAGAUCAGGAAAACACUCAUACUCCCUUGGUAAUGUAUACACAAAAGAAAAUCCAAAUACCCUGAUACAGAACGGUGUAAAGAUUGUGUACCUUGUCUCACGAAGAACUUUUCGCGCUCGAUUUGCGCGCUCGAUCUGCGCAGUGAAAUACCAUAUCCGGUUCCUUCGUCUGUUUCCGAGAAUGAUCGUUAAUAUUCGUUGUUGUUUUUUUCAUUUUCUUUUCUCUGGAAUGUCUUUCUAACGCAAAAUAAAAUAACAAUAUUUUAAAAUAUGUUUAUAAAUACCAAAUAUAAGGUCUUUAAAAAAUGUCUCAGAAAAAAAUAUUCUUUCUGUCUCCGUAAACACUCGUAUCUUUUUUGCCUUUACUGUCAAGUGAGGAACUUGCAUAAAUAUGUAAACAAUACAAACUAUGUCGUAGCCAAUGCUUAGCAAUUUUGCUCAAUAAUGUUUUUUACAAUUUUUAUGACACUGUCAUGUUAUAUAAUGAUGUUCUGUGUUUACAAGGCGGGUUAUUGAGAACUGGGAAGAACUAUUUUUAUUACGAAUGAAUUAAGUGGUAAAUCGGAGUUUUUGGACUUUGGUUUUUGGCAGCAAGCCAAUUCGGAUAGGCUCAGAAACCGGUAUCAUUACUAUGGCCGUGGGGCUACGCACCAGGCCAAAAAAUGAUAUCUUCUCAGACAGAAUAUAAUUGAUUAGUCUCAUUACUUUGGGAUUGUAUCUAAAUUAAUGAGAUAAUUCUCAAGACGCACAUGUUUCUAUGUUGAGGAUGGACAUGCGGGAUUGUCUACCAAGCCGAUGCAAUAUGUUUUUGUUGUUAUGUUUAAUAUAUAUAUGUGUAUGUUCUUUGGUCUUGUUAACAAUGGUAGAAUAAUUAGUAAUAAGUAAUCACGCUAGAUAUGGACGUUGUGAUAAAUGUAUGGUGUACGAACUGGUCCAAAACUAUUCUAAACUGUCCGGGACGGUUUAUAAACCGUCCGGGACGGUUUGUAAACUGUCCCGGACAGUUUACAAAACUGUCCCGGACAGUUUCUUACUUUUGAACCGCUCGUGCGUCUGUAAACUGUACCGGGCGAUUUA